GGGCUGUCCGGACGGCGCCUGUCUCCGUUUUCCGUGUCGUCACGGCAGCGCGCGGGACACUCCGAGCCGCAGGUGGACUCAAAGUGUUUCCGGCGCAGCUCGGAGCUCACCUGGCUCAGGUGACCACAGCGCACGGCUGGACGGGAAGAAGAGAAGGGGAGAGAAGAAGUAAGAGAAGGAGCGAGUGAAGUGAAGGAGAAGUCAGAGAAGGAGCGAGUGAAGUGAAGACGUAAGAGAAGGAGCGAGUGAAGUGAAGGAGAAUGAACAACCCAAUUCCCUCUAACCUGAAGUCGGAGGCCAAGAAAGCCGCCAAGAUCCUGCGAGAGUUCACUGAAAUUUCCAACCGCACUGGCCCAGACAAACUCAUUCCUGCUCAUGUGAUCGCCAAGGCCCAAGGUCUUGCCAUAAUCUCUGUCAUCAAGGCCGGCUUCAUGAUCACUGCCCGUGGUGGGAGUGGGAUUGUCAUCGCUCGACUCACAGACGGACGUUGGUCCGCACCCUCUGCCAUUGGUAUUGCUGGUCUGGGAGGAGGAUUUGAGAUAGGAGUUGAGGUGUCAGACCUGGUGAUCAUCCUGAACCAGAGGAGAGCUGUGGACGCCUUCACUAAAGGAGGAAACCUCACACUGGGAGGAAACUGUACUGUUGCUGUGGGACCACUGGGAAGGAAUGUAGAGGCAGACGUGGCUCUUCGAAGCCCGGCAGCAGUCUUCACUUACUGUAAAUCCAGAGGUUUGUUUGCUGGAGUCUCUCUGGAGGGAUCCUAUCUGAUAGAACGCAAAGACACUAACCGCAAGUUCUACUCUCAGGACAUUCGGGCGUCCGCCAUUUUGAAUGGAGAUGUGGAGCCCCCCCCGGCCUGCUACGACCUGUACCACAUUCUGGACAGCUACACCGAAGCCUACACCACCGCCUGGACCAGCAGACACCUCCACCCCAAGUCCUCUGUACCCCCUGCCAGGCCCCGGGCCCCGGCCCCCCAAGGAGCCACCAGCUUCCACAACACUGAGCCCGAUAAACCCUCCCUCUACCCAAAUGUGUCCACCUAUAAAGCUGAAAACUCAGGCUUUUCUGCAACUGCAGCCUCCAACAACUAUGGCGGGGGUCCGGCGGCGGGAGGCUCCAGCGGACCCCUGGUCGUCACGGCCACUCACCCCUUCACAGGGCAGCAGCCUGGAGACCUGAGCUUUGUUCCUGGCGACCGCGUCACUGUCAUAACAAAGACCGACUCCCAGUACGACUGGUGGGAGGGGCAACUGGAUGAUGGACGGGUGGGAAUCUUCCCUGCAAACUUCGUGGCCUACAGCUGAGAACACACACACUCCCAUGCACAGUGUGUGUUGGGUGUGUGAGGUGGCGGGAUGAGAGGAUGUGUGUGUUGCUGACGUGUUUCCUGUGGGUGUGUGUGAGGGUCAUGUUGGACAUUCCCACCUAUUUACUCUGACUUCGAGGUGUUGGUACCGUGUUCUGACUGGUGUGAGCCAUCUGGGCCUUCUGGACUGACUCCCGUAUGCAUGGUGGAAGGGCUUACUGGUUUCACUGGAGGCACUGGUUUUAGCAGCUCAGUAGGUCAGUAUGCAGACACCCUAAUAAUCGACCACGUGGACAGAGACAGACGCCGUGGCCACAGUGAAUGUUGUGUCUGUGGUGGAAGAGGGAGUCCGUGCUUUGUAAACAUGGAACCAAAUGAGAGCCUUUCUCAGAACUGACUAAUGCUGGUCUGGUCUGAGGUACGACACUGCUGUCCACACCUAACGCCACGAUGAACCUCUUUUAACAGGCUUUCCUUUUGUUUUUUGCCAGAAAGGUUUUAAAAUGGGGUGGUGGUGGUGGGGGGGGGGGGGGGGUUAGUUUAUUUACCACUGACACAUAGUUUGCUUCGCUGAUUUGUAUUUAUGGAAGUAGUUUUCUCGUGGUGGCUGGAUGUUGAGGCUGUUCUUGGAAGUGGGAGUGGCCUGUUUCAUCUCUGCAGGAUGUGUAAUGUGGUCAGUGUUCACCACCUCUGGAUCGGUGAUUCACCACCUCUGGAUCGGUGAUUCACCACCUCUGGAUUGGUGAUUCACCACCUCUGGAUCGGUGAUUCACCACUGGGGCAGAUCUUCUCCAUCUUUAAAGUUACUCAUUGCUUCUCUGAGACAGGGUUUAAAGCCUCAACUUGUGUUGAAGUUUGAAAUAAGUUUAUUUCAGAUGGACUUGGUUUAAUUAAAUAGUGGUGCUGGUGUUUUCAUAUAAAUGUGAAAAAUAAAAUUUCUUU